UGGCUCCGCUGGGCUCCGUUCCGCGGCUCCGUCCCCGCCGACGCCGUGUCCAGCCCCGAGCCCGUCUCGGGCCGCGCCGCCUUCGUGUGCUCCACGCGCGCCCACGGCUGCAACGUGGGCUCCUUCGAGCCCGCCCGCGGCCCCUUCUGCUCCUACCCCUGGGACGAGCGGGAGCUGCGCGGCGCCGACUUCCAGCUGCUCCUCAACCCCGGCGGCUUCGAGGCGCUGCACUGGGUGGACGAUUCCUUCGGCGGGACGCCGCCGGGAGCCGUCGAGGGCUGUCCCCUGACCGACGUGUUCGUGGGCCGCAGCCCCCAGGGGCUGGGCAAGGUGUCCAAGGAGCAGCAGGCGCUCUUCGUGCCCGUGGAGGGCGAGGAGCUGUGGUACAAGUGGUACCAGGUGCUGGCCGUGCGCCAGGAUGCUGUGGGCGUCUCCAUCGCCGACGUGUCCUACAACGGCAGCGCCGCGCUGGAGAGCGCCGAGGAUGAGGAGCUGGCCGAGGUGCUGGCCAGGAACGAGGGCUGCCAGGUGGCCUCCAAGGUGGUGACCAUGGAGGAGGCCACCGAGGCGGAGCGGGGCUGGAGCGCCGCGCUGCCGGCGCUGGCGGCCGCCCGCGGGGUUCUCCGCGCGCCCCCCGUAAUCCUGACGGAGCCGCGCGGGUGGGACGUGGGCAACGCCACCGCCGUGCCGUGGGUCGGCGGCGCCGCCGUCACCGAGUUCGUGUCGCGGGCGCGCCGGGCGCGGCAGGAGAUCCCGGCGCACUCCGAGUGCUCCGUGCUGCUCCGGGGGCUCCGGCGGCGCCUCCGGGUCCCGUUCCGGGCGCGGCUGACGCGGGAGUUCCGCUCGGGGCCCCCGCACCGCGUGGACGUCGCGGGGACGGCGUGGAGCGCCGGCGUCACCGGCGCCCGCGUGGAGCUGGGGAGGUGCCGGCGCAUCGCCGGGCUGCCGCCGUGCCCCGGAAAUUGAAUCCACACAUUUGUGGUCUCAGCCCCAAAAUUGGUGAAUCCCCAAAAUUGUGGUCUUAGCCCCCUAAAAAAAUCUGUGGUGAAUCCCCAAAAUUGUGGUCUUAGCCCCCAAAAUUGGUGAAUCCCCAAAAUUGUGGUCUUAGCCCCAAAAAUUGAAUCCCCAAAAUUGUGGUCUUAGCCCCAAAAUUGGUGAAUCCCUAAAAUUAUGUUCUUAGCCCCCCAAAAAAAUUUGUGGUGAAUCCCCAAAAUUGUGGUCUUAGCCCCAAAAUUGAUGAAUCCCCAAAAUCGUGGUCUUAGCCCCAAAAAAAAUUUGUGGUGAAUCCCCAAAAUUGUGGUCUUAGCCCCAAAAUUGGUGAAUCCCCAAAAUUGUGGUCUUAGCCCCAAAAUCGGUGAAUCCCCAAAAUUGUGGUCUUAGCCC